CCCUAGAUGGUGUUAAAGCACUCAAAACCUGUUGUUUUGGUGAGCAGCCAUUGUUCCUGUGUGGCGGGCUGUGCCUUAUGCAAUCAUUUGGUUGCACUUCUUUAUCAGACUGCCCAUUAUUCGCAGCUAAACAUUCCUGCUGUUCCCCCGGUGCACAGCUGCACAGACACAGAGCAGAUCUGGCAUAAACCAAGGACACUGGGUGUUAGGCCAGGCCCAGUUGGAGAAAUGGAGUUUCGAAAACCCAGAAAUUCAACAACAGACUGUGUAAGAAGUUCUCUCUACAAGGCGCUAGAUGGGGAACUGCCGGAUCUUGCCAUGUUGAGAGUAUCAGAGGUGUACAAAGACUUUCCCCCUUCACUUGCACCCUUGGUAACAACAAUGGGCAUGUCAGCUGAUGUCCCGUUAGUCCAGUCUGCUUUUGGAGCUGUCCAGGCAGGGAGCGUGCUGUCAUUUCAGCAUAAACCACCAGCAAUGAGGGAAGUCAUCAACAUCCCAUCUGCCCCUGCCUCACCCUCCCUUCCCAUCCACAGCUACAGGCUCGAACCACAAUCCUGUGCCUAUGUUCUAUCAGAGCAGGAACAUCUGCACCUGAAGUCUCUGGAGGUGUCAUUCAACAUGGCCCACAGGAUAGAAGCUGCAACACAAGGGCAGAGUUCGUGCCAGGAGUGGCAUCGUUUGAGAAAGAUGAGAGUGACAUCUACUCGCUUCCACGAGGUAUGCCAAGUUCGUGGACAUCAGAAUCUGGCUGAGAGAAUUCUCAGGGGGACUGGUCAGACCACGGACAUGAGGAGAAGUAUUGAUAUGGAGCCACUCGCUGUUAAAGAGUAUUGCACUCUUAAAAACGUGAACUGUUCACCCUGCGGGUUCAUUGUACAUCCUGAUGCUCCAUGGCUAGGUAGCUCUCCUGAUGGAGUCAUCUUUGAUCCCUCUGGGAACCCACCAUUUGGUCUCCUUGAGGUCAAAUGCCCCAAUAUCCAGAGCUAUGUGGACUGCCCCUAUCUAAAAACGUCCGGUGGUGCUUUGAAACUCAGGAGGCAGCACAAGUACUACUGGCAAGUUCAAGGUCAGAUGCUCUUGACAGGGCUAGAGUGGUGUGAUUUUGUCGUUUGUGCUCAGGAAGACAUGUUAGUCGAGCGAAUUUAUAAAGAUCUUGAUGUAAUGCACACCAUUAGAGACAGAGCAGAUCAUUUUUUCUUUUACCACUACAUACAGAAGUGUUUGUAG